CUUGUUCUUUAAAAACAGUAUUUAAAAAUUGAAUUAUUAUUAUAUUAAAAAUUUCAUAAAAAUGAGCGGUGAAAUAAGUGUCACAAAUGUGUGACCUUUUUGUCCUGAAUGACAUCUGUCAACUCUUCACGAUCAAAUACGUCGGGGGUUGGCCUGUGUUUCAAGAAAAAAUAUCAAUUAAAUUGAAUAAAAGUGGUCCUAUUUGUGGAUCACUGAUUUAUACUGGGCUUUCUAAAAGAUUUAGUGAUCAAAAUGAGUAAGCUAAUUCCCUCUGCCGCUAAACUUUUGUCUGGAAACACUAUCACAAAAGCGGCCACCCCGGUUGUGACGACUACGAAAUCAAAAUACAGCACGAAAAGUGAAGCUACGUUUGAGAUUAAGCCCUACAAACUCCACAAAUUGGAUAAGGGCCCAGCUCAAUCGGCCACACUCACAUCAGAAGAUGCCCUCAAAAUUUACGCGCAACUUGCCACCCUUCGGAGGAUUGAGACUGCCUCCGGAAACCUGUAUAAAGAGAAGAUCAUUCGUGGGUUCUGCCAUUUAUACUCAGGCCAAGAAGCCGUAGCGGUGGGCAUGCGUCAGGCCAUGCGCGACGUGGACUCCGUGAUCACGGCGUACCGCUGCCACGGCUGGACGCACCUGAUGGGCGUCAGCGUGCUGGGCGUGCUGUCCGAGCUGACGGGCCGCCGCACGGGCUGCUCGCGCGGCAAGGGUGGCUCUAUGCAUCUUUACGGAAGAAAUUUCUAUGGUGGAAACGGAAUUGUGGGAGCUCAGGGCCCCCUAGGCGCGGGCGUGGCGUUCGCACACAAAUAUAAAGGCGACGGCGGCGUCUGCUUCGCCCUGUACGGCGACGGCGCCGCCAACCAAGGCCAGUUGUUCGAGGUGUACAAUAUCGCCAAGCUGUGGGACCUGCCGUGUGUGUUCGUCUGCGAGAACAACGGAUACGGCAUGGGCACGAGUGUGGACAGGUCCUCAGCCAGCGCGGAGUACUACUCGCGCGGCGACUACGUCCCCGGCAUCUGGGUCGACGGCAUGGACGUCCUCGCCACCAGGGAGGCCACGAGAUACGCCAUCGAUUACUGCACCAGUGGGAAGGGUCCACUAGUAAUGGAAAUGGAGACAUACCGCUACUCCGGUCACUCCAUGUCGGACCCGGGCACGUCGUACCGCACCCGCGACGAGGUCCAAGAGGUCCGUCAAACCCGGGACCCCAUCACGUCGUUUAAGGAGAAGAUUCUCACCAACGAGCUUGUGACCCCCGACCAGCUUAAGGAAAUCGACGCCAAAGUCCGGACAGAAGUGGACGAAGCGACAAAGCAAGCCAAGUCGGAGCCCGAGAUCGGCGUCGAGGAGUUAGCCGGCGACAUUUACUGCAACAACGCGGAGCCCUUCAUCCGCGGCCUGCGGCCCGACGCGCCGCUCAGGCACGUCGAGGUCAUGCCGAGGAUGCGCAAUUGAAUGUUCAAAUACGUAAUCAGUUGGGGCAAGUGAAGGCAAGGAAGGGCCUCUAACCCUACCGCCAUGCUCCAUGGCACUAUGUCCCAACUGAUCAUUAAAAUGGCAAAGAAAAUCACUAAAGGUCGGUCGCUUCAAAGGCCCUUAAAAACGGUUUAAUAUUAACCGGUUAGUGCAAUUGUACAAGUGUUUUUAAUUUCGAUUUUACCUUUGACAUUUCUCUAUGGGAUUGUCGUCGCCAUAUUUAAGGUUAACCGGUUAUGAACCGGUAAAUUUUUGAAGCAACCGACGUUUAAUGUCUUUGCCGUUAGAUAUAUCUCCUCCGUACAAAGCCGAGAUAGAUUUCAACGAAUCCAAAUCUUGAGCAUAAUGCAAAUUAUGUUUACCGAGUUUUCUUAUACGUAAACCAUUUUUAAACUGAAUUUCUACUAUUUUUAUUCAACUUUUUUUUUGUUUUUUAUUUUAUGUUUAAUGCGAUGCUUAGCACACUUUUAAAUAAUUAUGUUAAAAAUAUAUCAAAUAAAAUCGUAAACAAAUAUCGACUUUUUACCUACACAGUUACUUUUUGAUGGCACUUUAUUGUACAAAGCAUUAUUUGUAGAAGAAUUUAUAGCAAAUGUGAUGAGUAAGUGAUAAAUACCGUAUAUAGUUAUCUUAUGUUAUUGUAUAUACUUAUGUAUAAAUCCAUAUUUAUGUAUAUUAGGAUUGAAGAUCUAACAUUCUGUGCUACAUUUUAAACAAACUCUGGGUUACCGUACUUAGAAAUAGUUAAAUAAUCAACGAAUUAUUAAACAUAGUCUACAUUAUUUUAUUGUUUCCUAUGUAAUCUGUAUGGUGAAUAGGACAAUAGCAUUUUUACGAUUGUAUCCACCGUAAGAUUAACUGCCAAAACGGAUCAUCAAUUAGUAACAAAAGAAAACGCACAUGAUUAUUUAUUAUGUUGCACGUGUUGAUAUGUCUGUAAGGGUAAUUAAAUUAUUAAUAAAAAUAUAUAAAUCA